GCCGUAUAAAGCCAGACAGAGAGGAGGAGACUGCUCUAAGACUGUAGCGAUCCUUUCCUUGACAACUCAUACGUGUUUCUCUCUAUCUGUUGGAUUUGUUUUCUCUUCACCGCCACCAUGUGUAAGGGGCUCGCAGCCCUACCAGCAACCUGCUUAAAAAGCGCUAAGGACAUUAAGCAUAAGAUUGGAUUCUUGCUUCAGAAGGCUGAACCGCUUCAAGAGCAGAAGCCUGUUAAGGAAAAGGAGAAGGCUGCUGUGGAGAAAAGUUCUGCUCCGAUUGACACUGAGAAAUGGAAAACCUCAUUUAACCACCUGAUUAAUCAUGAUGUUGGACGGGCUGCCUUCACCGCCUUUUUGAAGUCGGAGUUCAGCCAGGAGAACAUUGAGUUCUGGGUUGCGUGUGAGGAUUUCAAGAGAACGCCUGCGCCACAGAUGCAAGCCAAAGCCAAGCAGAUUUUUAAUCAGUUCGUCGACGCCGAUUCCCCGAACGAGGUCAAUCUGGAUUCUGCGACAAGAGAAGAAACUCGGAGGAACCUGGAAAAGAGUGACGUGACCUGUUUCGACGAGGCUCAGAGUAAGAUCUUCACGCUGAUGGAAAAGGACUCGUACAGGCGCUUUCUGAAGUCCAAAUUGUUCCUUGACCUUUCUCAGCCGCAAAGGGACGAGAAACACUGCGGUCUGGAGAGAAAAGCGACCUUUACUGAGUUUAGCCAGUGUCUCCUGUCUCAUUGUGCCUAAAUCUAAGACAGAGAGCUUUUGGGGGUCAGUUCACUUCUAUGAGGAGAGCAUGAAAGUUAAAGGGUUAAGGGUUAAGUCACUGAGGUAAACACCACCGGUCUAACACCAGGAACAGCCAAUAGGAAUGUGUUCGAAAUGUUUUUUCAGGUGAAUCUGGCUUUAACGUGUUUAGAAUGAUUUGUGAAAAUUAUUCGGAACCUCUAGUGUAGCAUUUCUGUUUAUUUUUGGUAAUUUUGUACGCAAACGAAAAAGAAAUAAAAGACGAAAAAAAAAACCCUAAACAAACAAGCCACUUUUGAAACCCUGUCAGAUGAUGAGAAUGUUGGAAGAAUACAGUUUACAGUGACUAAGUGAAUAACUGUUACAGAUAAAGAAGGUCUGGGCUGCAUUAACUAUUUAAUCUGUGUAUGCUAUAUGUACGUUUGCUGCCCAGUUAGAAUAAAUCUAGUCUUAAUAGUAAUAACGAAUGAAGCUCUGGAAUAUUAACGACAAACAAAUGUGAUAUAGUCCAUUUGUUACAGUGCUGUGAAUUUAACAUGUCUGUCCUCUUGUAAUGUCACUUUAAGUCUUCUUAGAAUAAAUGGAUUUAAGCUGUUUA